CUGGGAGAGCAGAGAAAGAGGGAGAUGAGCACAGAGAGCAGCACUACAGCAUCCUCACAUUCCCAAGAGCUGCACCUCCACUCACACCUCCCUGGGACUGAGCUGAGCUGAGCUGCUGGCCAGAGUCUCCUCACCUGGAGCGUCUCACCUGGGACAGGUAACCUGGCAGGACACUGAACACUGGUGGCUUUUAAAGGACUUGUGGGGAAGGCAGAGCCUGCAGUGAGGACCUCGAACCCUUGGACAGACGGCAUGGAUCACCGGCACACCUGGACUGCUCUCCUGGACUGGACCCUCAUGAGGAACUGGCUGCUGCUGGGAGUCUUUGCAGGUCCGAGCUCCGGCCAGUGCGCAGCCUGUCUGGACUACUGCUGUGACGGGACACCUGAGUUCUGCUGCUCCUACUACACCUACGUGGGGAGCGUCCUCUCGGGAACAGCCAUCUCAGGCGUUGUGUUUGCCGUGGUGUUUCUCAUGGGCGCCGCAGCAGCUGUUUUCCUCUGCCUGUGCAUGUGUGUGAAAAAAGGGCGGAGCUCCAGGGUGGGAGUCCUCAGAGCCUCCAACAUCAGCACCGUCACCCCGGGAUACCCUGGACCUCCUCCACCCUACAGUUACGACUAUUUAAUGUACCCACAUCAUGUCCUGCCUCCACCCUACACCCCAAACCCAGCUGUGAUGAGCAGCUAUGCCCCACCCCCACCGUACCCUGGUUACACGUGGAAGUAGCUCCCCAGCAUCAGCCACAGCAGCUCAAAGGGCCACUCAAAGGGCUUGGGUUUGUCUUCCAGCACAUGGUAGAAGACUGAUUCAGAUGACCUCAGCAUCGCUGCUCCAGGCCCUUGACCCACCUGUCGGGGAGGCUUUUCCUUUUAGGAAUUCCACCCAACUCCGCCUUUGCUGCUGUGACGCUGAUGGGUGGGGAAGAGCACCCAGACAUCUGGUGAGAGAGCAGCAGCAGGUCUUCAGCACUUGGCCUCCAACACCUCCAGGAUGGCCAACCAGAGAAUUCUGUCGCACUGCUUCUGUUUGGCAAACGGGGGCGAUACUGAGCAGCAAAUGUAAUUUUCUGGCUUUGCGGUGUCGCAAGCGUGGAAAUGUUGCACUUGUACAGUGUCAUAGCUGGGAGGACAUCUGAGUGACACAGAAACCAGAAGAUUUCCUGGUUGAACUUCUUUUUUCUCCAUCCCUUUUUGGAUGGCUGAGAUGGUCUCGAAAGUCCCUUUAAACAACUGUGUCAAAAUGGCCUGAGCGCACAGGCGGGAGUUCUCCCACGUGUCUCUCAGCGUGAAGGAAAACGAGUGUGUUUACAUUUAUUUAUUUAUUUACCAUUUCCCAAAGCAGCCCAUCGGUUUACAGGAUACACACACUCCUCAGCUUAC